CAACGUGAUUGGCCGAACCGUCAUCCAUCGUAAUUUACUACCAAAAUACCGCCAGAGGUGGAUCACACUUCUCGCGCUGCCUGCUUGACAGCUGAAACGUUAGACAUGCAAUUCGACCUAAAAUGACAACAAUCUACACUUUUGUGUUUUCGGGAGUGGAUAUUAUAUGUGACUUGUAUUGUAGGAAUGUGAAAACGAAGGAUUUACUUCACCCACCUUGUGUCGUCGUUCAAAGGGGUCGGCCAGUGUGCCGAGCGUUUGAACUUUAGUCACUUGCUAAAAACAUGACAGAAAAUCACGAGAGGAAAGAUGACAACACUAGUGUCCGAGUUGCAAUUAGAGUUCGGCCCCAGAAUGCCAAGGAGCGGAUCGACAUCUGCCAGGUGUGCACCACCGUGCCCAGUAACGAGCCACAGGUACUGCUGGGGAAGGACAAGUCCUUCACCUUCGACCAUGUGUACGACAUGGGCACGGUGCAGGAGACCAUCUACGACACCUGUGUCAGGCACCUCAUUGAUGGAUGCUUUGAUGGCUACAAUGCCACAGUGUUCGCUUAUGGACAGACUGGAUCUGGUAAAACAUACACCAUGGGAACAGGAUUUGACGUAAACACUGACCAAUCGGAAGUAGGCAUUAUACCCCGAGCUGUUGAUCAUCUUUUUCAAGGAAUUGAAUCAAGACGCAAGGAGGCUUUGGCCAAUGAUGAACCUCCCCCUGACUUUAGAGUCAACGCACAGUUCAUGGAGUUGUACAAUGAGGAAAUCCUGGAUUUACUUGACACAACAAGGGACCCAGAAUCAAGGGGCCGCAAGUCUCACAUCAAGAUCCACGAGGAUGCAGCUGGAGGAAUCUACGUUGUUGGGGUCACAACUCGCACUGUCGUGUCGCUAGAAGAUACUAUGAAGUGUCUCAACAUUGGUGCCCUGUCUAGAGCCACGGCCAGCACCAACAUGAAUGUCCAGUCAUCACGCUCCCACGCCAUCUUCACUUUGCACAUCAAGCAGCACAGAAUGGUCAAGGAGGAGCCCCUGCUGGAUGAGGGCAAGGACACAGACUCCACACAGUCCAUCAAUGAGUUUGAGACCCUGACAGCCAAGUUCCACUUUGUUGAUCUGGCCGGGUCAGAGAGGUUGAAGCGAACUGGCGCUACAGGGGAAAGAGCCAAGGAAGGCAUAUCCAUCAACUGUGGCCUGCUUGCGUUAGGUAAUGUGAUAUCAGCAUUAGGAGACAAGUUAAAGAAAGGUUCACAUGUUCCCUACCGGGACUCGAAGCUGACAAGACUGUUACAAGACUCGCUUGGUGGUAACAGUCGCACUCUGAUGAUUGCUUGUAUUUCUCCGUCUGACCGUGAUUUCAUGGAGACUCUCAACACACUGAAGUAUGCUAACCGUGCCAAGAACAUCAAGAACAAGGUGAUCGCCAACCAGGACAAGGCCAGCAAACAGAUGGCCGCUCUGCGGGCAGAGAUAGCCAUGCUACAGCAGGAACUUGUCGACUACAAGGCGGGCAAGCUUGUUGUUACUGAUGGUGUGGCAAGCAUGAGUGACAUGCACCAUGAGAACAACAUGCUGCUGAUGGAGAACGACAAGCUGCGUCAGAGAGUGAAGGCUCUUAACGACACAGUGGAGACACUGAAGGCUAGGAACUCUCAAUUACUGGCAGAGAAGGCUGUUCUUUCUGUUACAGGUGCUAAUGGAGAGGCAUCGAAUGAGGCAGUGACGAACUUGAUUACUGGUUAUGUGAAAGAACUUGAGGAUCUGAGGGCCAAACUGGCAGAGUCAGCGUCUAUGGUUACGCAGGCCCAGAAAUAUUCUGCACGUAGUCCCUCUCGACUGAUGGUCAGUCCAAUGUCGACCUCAUUCCCGCCCUCUGGGGGUUUCGACUACCCCCUAUCCCCGGACAACAGUGUCAUGUCGCUCAUUGAGGAGGCCAAGAAGGAUGUCAAGAAGCUCAAGAAAGUCAAGAGGUCCAAGUCAAGGCAAUCAAAUCAGGGAAGUGAUAAGGAGAAUGAGGGUGAAGAAGGAGGGGGCGAGAGGCCAGCAACGGAGGACUUGGAGGAGAAUAGGGAGGAGGCAGGGGAGGUGGAGCAUGAAGAGAGUCAGGAGAAGUCGGAGGAUGAGGAGGAUGACGAGGAAGAUAUUGAAGACGGUAACGAAGAAGACACAACAGAGGAUGAAGUAAGCUCUUCUGAAUCCGACUCCGAUGAUGAUAAAGUUGAACUAUUCCUGGAUUAUGGUCGCUUCUGGUCAGACUCUGACCACAUCCAUGAGGACCUGGCUGAGCUGACGUGUGAGAUCACCAUCAAGCAGCGCCUGAUUGAGGAGCUGGAGCACAGUCAGAAGAAGGUCCACGCCAUCAAGCAGCAGUAUGAGGAGAAGGUUAUACAGCUGCAGCAUCGCAUCAAGGAGACGGAAAUAGAGAGGGACAAGGUCCUAGCCAACGUUGGUCAACUUGAGUCUGAGUCGAAUGACAAGCAGAAGAAGGUGAAGGAUGAGUUUGCCAAGAAGCUGACAGACCUGCAGCUGGAGCUGAAGAAGAUGCAGGCAGCCAAGAGGGAACAUGCCAAGAUGGUGCGCAACCAGAGUCACUUUGAGAAGCAGCUCAAGACACUGCAGCAUGAGAUGCAGGAGAUGAAGAAGACUAAGGUGCGACUGAUGAAGCAGAUAAAGGAGGAUGGUGAGAAGAACAAGCAGAGUGAGACGCGCAGGAACAAAGAGAUCGCUCAGAUGAGACGUGAGUUUACUCGAAAGGAGAACCGGAUUCGCAACUUGGAGCGAGAAAAGAACCAGAAGGAGCAAGUGUUGCGGCGGAAGCAGGAGGAGGUGGAGGCACUGCGGAAACGUCAGAAACCCCUGUCCUCCCGUGCUGCUGGGCGCAUCGGCAAAUACGAAAAAGCACCAACCAUUCCAAUAGACCCUAUCUCUACCUCAUCACCACGGAGACGAAGAAGAAAUGAGUUCUCUCCAAAAGCUGCCAAACAAAAGUGGGACAUUAUAGAGAAGAAUGUUGGAUCUGUGAUAACGAGACGUCAGACGAUAUCUCACAUGGAGAAGGACAUGGAUGUGUGGCUGAAGCAAAGGGAGAAGUUGAGCAAGAAGCUGGAGAAGUUUGUCAAGAAGAGAGAUUCCUACAUUGCACUUCAGAGGAAUGUUGAUAUUAUCCGGGACAUGGGUGACCAGAUCCAGAGUCUGAAGAACCAGAUUGAGUAUGUCCAGGACAACAUCAACGAGUGUCAGACCAACAUCAUGCAGAUGGAGGAAGCCAAGGAGGAGACAGAGAACCUGGAUGUUGGUGCUGUCAUCUCCACGGUGACACUGGAGGAGGCAAAAUAUCUUUUGGACCACUUCCUGCAGCUUUCAAUCAACAAGGGCAUGGCUCUAGCUCUCAAGGAUUCCGAGUCCAAGGAGUUGCUAGCCAAGCUGCAUCAGACAGAACUGAACAACACCCUGCAACAGGAUCUGCUGAAACACAUGAUGAUUGACCAUGUGGACAUAGAGGUGGACAAUCUGAUGUCCAACAAUGACGAACUCGAUGAGUUCGACAUUGAAAGCUGCACAACAUCAGCAUCCUCUUCCCCUGCAGAGAGCAUGUUAGAGGCACCUCUGCCCCCUGUGUUUGUCGGACCUCCAUCAGCAGGAGAUGUAGCCAAUAAGAAAGAAAAGCUGUUUUUUCGUCUCUUUGGGGCUCGUCGUAAGACCGCCACACCAGAAGAUCUACUGUAUGCUGGGGGUCCUCAGGAAGGUUGUCCGCCUCUGCUUCCUGUUCUAGAGUCUCCGGAUGAGGACAAGGAGAUCCUCUACCCGGUCAAGGAGGAACUGGAGGGCAUGUCGGUCAAUGGGACAGAUACCAUCUUGAUGCCCCCUCCCAAGUCUCAGAUCUUGAAGCCGAAUAGCUCAAUACCCAGGCCCAUGAGUGGCAAGCGCCCCGAUUCAGGUCCGUCACCCAGCCUGAGACGGAAGGAGUUUAAGCGUAACAGCCCAGAACCCUCCCCCGUGAUGAGGAGGAAGAACUACUCCGACCGUUACGGGAGUCGAUCUAGUUCAAUAGAUACUUCCUCAGACACCACCCCACCCACGUCUCCUCCCGCACUCCGCCGGUCAGGACGAAACAGUGAUGAAAAUGUCUUCUCUCGUCUUACAAGCAAUCCCCAGAGUACUAGUCCCAACCCUAACAGAGGAAGCAUUGUCUCUGUCAGUGGACGACCCUCAAGUGGAAGGUCAUCACCUUUGACCUGCACACACACCGCUGAAGGUCACACAAAGGCAGUCCUUGCAGUGCAUGCCACCGAUGAUCUCUUGUUUACUGGCAGUAAAGAUCGUACUGCCAAGACGUGGGAUCUGGCCACUGGCAAGGAGAUCCUGGCAUACACCGGCCACCCCAACAAUGUGGGGAAGGUGAAGUACUGUGAGGCUACCAAGCUCACCUUCACCGUGUCCCAGUCCUUCAUCAAGGUGUGGGACAUCCGGAGCAAGUCUGCACAGUGCAUCAAGACACUAGGGUCAUCUGGACUGAGUGUGACUGGUCCAGCCAAUCAGACCUACCAGUCCCGCCAGACUGACCUGGCCCCUGGUGAACAUCACAUCAACGACAUCGCCCUCGGUAGUGACGGCGUCACGCUGUACUGUGCUACAGGAAAUAUAGUCCGAGUCUGGGAUCUCAGGAGAUACAGUGCAGUGGGAAAGCUGAGUGGUGGCCAUCAGGCUGCUGUCAUGGUGCUGGCUGUAGAUGCAAGUACGGACUCCAGCACUGUUAUCACAGGAUCCAAGGACCACUAUAUUAAGGUGUUUGAGGUGCUGGACGAGGCUGCAGGUGUGUUCACCCCCAAGUACAACUUGGAGCCCCCUCACUAUGAUGGAAUACAGUCUCUAGCUCUCCAUGGCAGCAUGCUGUUCAGUGGCUCCCGGGACACUUGUAUCAAGAAGUGGGAUCUCAAGGACCAGCAGCUGAAACAGUCAAUGAAUGCUGCACACAAGGACUGGGUGUGUGCACUGGACUUCAUGCCAGGAGGCAACUUCCUGUUGAGUGCAUGUAGAGGGGGCACCCUCAAGCUCUGGCAGAUGGACUCUUGUGCUCAGAUUGCUGAGAUCAAGGCGCAUUCCAGCCCCAUCAAUGCCAUUGCUACCAAUUCCACCUCCAUCUUUACUGCAUCCAAUGAGCCUGUGGUGAAAAUAUGGCAACUUCGAAGAACUAACAGUCUGCGAAUCUUUAACCGGGAGUGGUUCAUCUAACAUGACUAACACUGACCAAUAUUUGUCAUCAUCAUUACAUACUCCAGCAACAAUUCUCACCAGUUGUUGGAUGGCUAUAUGCAUUCUGCUGUCCAUUAUGAGGACGAGAUUACGUACACUCAAUUACUCCUAAUUCCACCAGAAAACAUGUCAAACUUACGACCAGCAAGUAGAUAGAAGUUCUGUUAGUUAAUGUCAAAACCUUUACUGGCAUUUAUGGCUACAUCACUUUAAUUCUGUGUUGCAAAGCAAAUUGAUGGCAAGACUAUAGACUGAAUAAUGUAGAAAUCCAUUGACAAAUGGAAGCUAUGUAUGAAAUCAUCGACAGUUCUUACAAAUUCAAAAGAUACGCACAGCCACUUAGUGGGUCACUGUGACGACUAUUUUGGUCCUGUUAAGUUGGGAUGUUUUGCUUUGAAGAAAUGAAUCUACCAAUGUGCUUCUCAUUGUCAUAGCUGGGUGAAUAUUAGAUACUAGGUCAGACCACAGUGAUUUAGGUACUCUUUGUACUGAGACAUCAGGCCUGUAGCUACACACAGCAGGACAGCUUUUCAUGCCUGCUAGGAAAACCGUAGGUGAAAAGUCUGACUCUUUGGCAGCACAGUUUCUCACUGUUUGAAGAAUUGCAGGCUGUCCACACACAAAAUAUAUUAGGGUCAGUGCACAAGAAUCCAGUAUUCAAACAGCUUUUCGCCUUAGAAAACUUAACAGAUCUAGAACGGUUUCAAAUUAUUUUUUGAACUGUAAGUAUUUCUGUUGAGGUGUAGCUUCCUUUUGUCGAGUUUGUAGUGACUUCAAGGGCUUUCAUAUCAUCCAUUGUAACCAUGGUUACUCAUUGUACAUCACCCGUCAUCAUUCAUCAGAAAUGAUCAUCUUGCUGACAUGUCAGUUAUCUCCCCUAGAUUUUGUGGACUAUAAAAUUUAUGAGAGAGUGUAGAGUUGUCAACUUGACAAUCAAUACACUUCAUGCAACAUGUUGAAUCAUGCUGUUAUUGUAAAAAUAUUCAACCUUAUUUGUUUGCAUUUAAUAAAGGGGAAAUAUUAGUUGUGAAUUAAAGGACCAAACUAUCACAAUAUGUUGUGAGACUGAUGAGAUUAUAUGUAUGCUAAACAUUGCCGUUCAUUGUACAUAAGCUGUUAUGUAUUAGAAAGAGAAUAAUGAAUUUAUUUUGCAAUAUUUGUUGGUUGCUGGUCAUAAUGAGUGCCAAAUAUGUUUUACCUAUUAACAGCGGUAUAUUUCCCAGAAUGAUAAACAAAGGCAGGUUUCUCUUGACCAAAGUCACCAGGACCAUUUUCCACAAAGUGAUUAUAUUGCUACAACUAUUGUAUGUCUGUUACAAUAUAGGAAUUAUGACUGUCGUUGUGCUAAGAUUGCUUUGUGAAACUGGGCCUUUCGUACCAAAACAUCACAAUUACUACAUCCUCAGGGCUUUGAAAAAAUAUGAAUCUUAUUUGUUGGCUUAUGUCUGUAUUCAAAGUUAACUUUGCUACUGUAACUGGUUACAGUGGAAGUUUGCUGAACGUAUCAAGUAUGAAGUUGUAAAGGCACAUAAAUACACUGAUUCUCACAAUAAGCUACAACUAACGUACUUAAUACUUGCCUUUGCUCAAUGACAAGAGAUGCAUUAACACUUUGUUUGUACUCUUGUUAUAUAUGUCAAUUGUUAUAUUGUUACGAUGCUUUUACUAAUGCCAUCCUCAGUAAUCAAGGCUACAUUUCACCGCCUCUCUUGCUGUAUCCUAUCAAGUUACAUACGAUGCAUCGGCAUGGGACAAAGUAGCAAUUAAUCGACAGAGAAUCUCUUGGAAACUGAGAAAUAUGACCCUGAUUGUUGAGGAUGAUACAAGCUUGAUAACGUGUGCUUGUUGAAUUGAAUAUUGUAAAAAUGUAACCAGUUUUGAAAGCUUGACAUAUAUGAGUUUGAUAAUAACUGAUUGAUCUUUACAGACUUGUUGACAAGAAAUAUAUAUUUUGCUAAAUGAAAUGAUACUUUGCCAAGCGAGUGAGUUCUAUAUAUUAACUAUAUAUUAAUGUGUUGGUGGUAUACAGUCAAUAUAUUACACAGUUUCUUGAGGAGCUUUACAUAAUUAUAUGUGUUGGUCAAAUUCUUUAUGUCAUCUUUAGCCACAUAUUCUCCACUGAAUGUUCCUCCUUUUCAUGUGGUUUAUGAUCAGCUGGGCUUAUUAGCCCAACACAAAAUUUGCUUGACAUGGACCUUCUUUUGAUUCAUCAGAACUUUAUAUGUUCACUUAUAGUUUUAGUUUAUUGAUUCAGACACCGAAGCACAACUAAAAGUUGUUGUCGUAUUAGAGAUUGACAUUCCUUGAUGUACUGAUAAAUGUACAGCAGAUAUAUACUAUAGCUGAUAUUGUCACUCUUGAUCGGUUUAACAUCAACAUGUAACAGGAUCGGGUGGUCAGGCUUGCUGACUUGGUUGAUGCAUGUGAUUGAUCCAAAUUGCAUGGAUCGAUGCUCAUGAUGUCAAUCACUGGAUUGUCUGGUACAGGCUCGAUUAUUUACAGUCAUAUAGCUGGAAUAUUGCUGAGUGUGGCGUUUAACAACAAACAAACAAACAAAAUGUCAAAAUGUACCCUGGGUACAAACUGAUAUAUCGAGAACUAGGGCCAGUCAGUAGUUUAUCAGUUUAUAGAACACAGUUCUGUAUCUAUAUUGUUGUGCAGUUUGUUGAAACAUUCUAUUUAUUAACAUUCAUUGGUACGCCUUAAACCUAUUCCUGGGAACAACUCGAUUAUCAAUGUACCCAGGGCACAUUUUGAUGGUAAACUGAGAGUGACACCCUGUUAGCCUGUAAGCUGUGCAGGCUAUUCAUGUACAAUGUGAUUUUUGGUUUGAUUUUGAAUUCAACUAUAGGUAGUGUCACCCAAGGUAAUGCUCAGCUUGUCUCGCACAGUUGUCCAUGGCAGUACUUUUAUAUCCCUGGGAUGUUCCGUACCUCUUGUAUUACUUAGAAACAGUUUGCUUAGGUUCUGUUUGUCAAAAUCAACUAAUUAUUUGAUAACUUGGUUGAGCUGGCUCAAACCCCAUACUCGUUGUGGUGGCUCUGUUGUUGAUGCUCUUGCUUGCCAUGUGCAUGACCAGGUUUGAUUCUUCAUUGGAGCUAUGUACAGUCUUUGUGCAGUCUUUGUAAGACCAUUGUUCUUAUGGCUACAGAAUUGCUUGAAAGUGUCAGGACCCUAUAGGUCACUUAUUCAUCAAAAGUCACACUGUAUAAUAAUUUGUUUUCUCAUUGACAUUCCAUUAUGUUUUCUAUCUCCUCUGUCUAAUCCUGUGCAUCAUCAUAAGUUUAAUGUAUCAAUCGAUUUGUCUUACCUGCAUGUCUCAAUGUCAAAGCUUGCAGUCUGAACAACACCUUCAAUCGCAUGCUUCUCACCCUAACACCAACCUAACCCUUUCCUAAUUUUACUUUCUCUUUGUUCACAGAAAGCUGCAUUGUUUUUUUUGACAUAUUUUCUCUUUCUUGAAUUUGUUGUUUUUGGCUUGUUUUUUUCUUUUCUUUCAUUUGCAAGCUGUAUUGUUCUUUUUUGCUUGGCUACAUUGAUUCUUUCCCUGAUUUUAGUGACAACACGGUAGCAUUCUGGAAACACAGAACCACCACCGACUCCUCCGAUAUCUCAGACUUUGGAGAUGAACAACAAGGGGUCACUUCUUGAGGUUAAGCACUUGACCUAGAUCCAUAAAUUGAUGAUACUCAAGCAAGAA